ACCGCGAAUGAUCUGAAAUGUCCUCAAAUACGUCCCUCCUUCAUGAGCAGAUUAUUAUAGAGCAGGUCUGUGGGCUGUUUCCUGCACUAUAAGCGGUUGUGCCGUGGCGCAGUCAUACCAUACAUUUAUAUUGAGUCAGACGCAGGGUGAAGUCCACUCAAACCACCCACCUGCAGCUCGGCGGAGUGUUCUUCCUGGUUCAGAGGUGCAUGAUGGUCUGGCGGGUGGCGGUGAUCGGAGCAGGCUGCUCGGGUUUGGUCUGUAUCAAGACCUGUGUCGAGGAGGGACUGGAGCCUGUCUGCUUUGAGAGCAGUGAUGACAUCGGAGGACUGUGGAACUUCAAGGAAUCCACACAGCCCGAGCGGUCCAGCAUCUACCGGUCUCUGGUGGCAAACACAUCCAAAGAAAUGAUGUGUUUCAGUGAUUUUCCUAUGCCCGACCAUUAUCCCAACUACAUGCACAACUCGCCUCCUCCUGCGUACUUCAGGUUGUACGCCCAGCACUUCAACCUGCUGAAAUACAUACACUUCCAGACCACAGUGACGCGAGUAAUGCAGAGACCAGACUUUUCCUUCAGUGGUCAGUGGGAUGUGGAGACAGUGAACCAGCACGGAGAGGAAGAUCACCAUGUUUUUGAUGCUGUGAUGGUGUGCUCAGGAAAUUACAGCCACCCAUAUCUGCCCAUGUCUGAGUUUACAGGUUCUGAGACCUUCAAUGGCCACCUCUACCACAGCUGGGACUACAAAGAUGGAGAGAGAUACAAAGGGAAGAGGGUUCUGGUGAUGGGCCUUGGAAACUCAGGAGCCGACAUUGCUGUAGAGGUCAGCAGAUUUGCAGAAAAGACUUUUCUCAGCACCCGUACAGGGGCCUGGGUGGCUGGGAGGAUGUCAAACAGUGGCCUUCCUAUAGACAUGACUCAUAUCAACAGGUUUUACGACACUCUAACAAGUCUGCUCCCCUCUCGUCUCCUCAACUGGAUCAUAGAGAGGUCACUGAACCGGAAAUAUGACCACAGGAUGUACCAGCUGUUGCCAAAGCACAGAGCUUUUGACAGGCUACUGAUUAACGAUGAACUCCCUUACCGAAUCCUGCUUGGGGAAGUGGUGAUGAAGUCAAAUGUUAAAGAAUUUAACAAGUCUAGAGUUGUAUUUGAGAAUGACACAGAGGAGGAAAUUGACAUUGUGAUCUUUUGCACUGGGUAUAAUUCAACGCUUUCCUUCUUGCCUCAGUCUCUGUCUCAGGGACCCAAAGGAGAGCUGACUUUGUACAAGAGAGUGUUUCCUCCAUCUUUGCAAAAGCCUACUCUGGUGGUUAUUGGUCUUUUAAAAGCAAAAGGGCCCAUUAUGCCUAUGGUGGAGAUGCAGGCUCGCUGGGCUACAGCAGUUUUCAAAGGUUUGGACCACCUUCCUACCAAAGACAAAAUGUUAACGUUUAUCGAGACAGAAAGAAAGAGGAAUAUGAAAAGUUAUCCAUGCCCACUCGAGGCUGCUCAACAGGUGGAUUACAUCCCUUACCUGGAUUUUAUGGCUGACAAGGUUGGGGUGAAACCUCACUUCUUGGGCCUACUUCUUAGAGACCCUGUGCUAUGGGUGAAGGUCUUCUUUGGUCCCUGUACUUCAUACCAGUUUCGCCUGAGUGGCCCGGGACAGUGGUCAGGGGCGCGCCAGGCAAUCCUCUCACAGUGGAAGCGCUUACAGCGACCCUUUAACACCAGAGAGAUACCGGAGCCAAACAUCAGGGCCUCUGCAUGGUCAGUCUGGCUGCUAGCAUUGGGAGGAAGUCUUCUGAUGGCUGCUUUUGUGCAGAACAAAAUUGAAGACAAUACCUUGCUAUGGUUUAAAUAGAAUAU